AUGUCGACUGCAGCACAGACUGUCGGCACCAGCGGCCGCGGCGGAGCGAGCAAGCGCGCCGCGCUGGCUGCGGCGGCACAGCUGCGGCAGGUGUCCAUGGUCACAUGGCUUGCCUACGUCGCCCUCGCCAUCUUCGUGCAGCUCAACUGGGGCCUGUUCGGCGUCUGCUCGCGCUACCUGCAAACGACUGCCUCCCGGCCGAUCCCGACUAUCCAGCUGACGUUCAUGGUCAAUGCAGUGGCCUUGCCCGGCCUGCUCCUCUUCGUGGCGCUGCCAGACGCGAUCGCGGCGCUCUGGCGCUCGCGCGCCGCGCGCCGCGCCGCAGCCGAGCAGCCCAACCCUUCCCCUAGCAGCGGCGGCGGCGACCCCGCGGCCAAGGUGGCCGACGCCGACGGCCUGGUGCUGCCGCUCGCUGCCGCAGACCAGCAGGAGCAGCAGCGGCAGCGCGACCUUCGCGCCGCACGGCGCGCACGGCUGACGUCCCUCGCGGCCGCGGCCGGCAUCGGCGCCGUCGUGGCGACGCAGGCUCUGACGCUGAUCUACGCCUCGCGCCUCACCCGCGCAUACCUCGUCCAGUUGGUCUUCAUGCUCACCCCCCUGGUCACCGCCAUCGCCAACAAGCUGCUCUUCCGCCAGAACGCGCCCCGUGCCCUGCCGAUUGCGCUCUUCUUCGCAGUGGCCGGGUCCGUCAUGGUCAUCGUCGGCAACUGGCUCUCCUCCAACCAGGCCGCCGCCGCCGGCUCCGCGCGACACACGGCCGUGGGGCUCGCGCUGGCGACCGUGUCCAUGUUCCUGCUGGCCGCCUACCUACUACUGCUGCAGGCGACCCAGAAGCUCACCACUGGCCGCCAGGUCAUGUGGGCCAACGUGACCGUCGCCGUCGUCGUGUUUGGUCCCCUCGGGGCGGCCCUGGAGGGCGCCGACUGGGCCUGGGUCGCGGCGCUGCGGCCCGCGGACUGGGCGGUCCUAUUUUUCGCCGGGUUCUUCAUCAACGCGCUCAACACAAUUUGGACCCAGUCCUGCAGCCGCGUGCUGGGCGCCGCGGUCGUCGCGCUCUUCAUCAGCUGCCGCCUCGUGUCGUCGCUGGUGGGGUCCAUCAUUCUGCUCAGGGAGAUCCCCGGGUCCCCCCUGACGUGGGCGGGCUUCGGCGUCGUCAUCGCCGCCAUGAGCGGGUUCAUGGUGCUGCAGUACCUCCAAGGCCGCCGCGCGGAGGCGGCUGUCGCCGACGAGGCGGGCGCUGCGGCCGAGCAGGGGAGUUGCGAGGGCUCGCCUCCUAUGACCCGCGCUGGGGAGCGUGGCGCGGGUGGCGCGGCGGCGGCAGCAGGGGCGGCAGGCUCGUCUGGCCCCGAGGUGCGCCAGGAGGGCCAGCGCACAUCGGCUAAAGGGGAGCUGCCUGUGUAG